AUGGCCCUCGACAGUGCCGAGCUGCUUUUCGAGGGCUUGGAGGGCGACGUCAAGGCUAUCUUAUCCGAUGGGGCCAGUGUUUAUGUCUCCUCAAGCGUUCCGGGCUUCCAGCGGGUGGUGCGGCUCCGCUUCCGAGAUGGGCAGCGACGUGGAGCUCUGCUCUUUGACGGCUUAAGCAUCAACUGUGCCACCGACGACGGCCAUGCCGAUGCUUUGAUUCUCCAAGGAGGCAAAGUCUACAGUGGCCAUUCCAUGGAAAAGAUCUCUCAGAUAGAGGCGCCUCUCUUCCGGGAUAGCGGAGUGUACUUCAUCCAGGUGCCUGUGACACUUCCGUAG